AUGCGCAAAGAUUCUACUAACAGCGAACAAGCGGAUGCUAUAGAUUCUGUCGCUGCUGACGCCCGGUUUCGAGCCUCGCAGGGCAUUUUCUGGGCUCAGGUGGAUGAGGUCAUGGCGAGCACUGCAUCUAAUAAGGUGAAUAUAAAACUGUUACCAACAGUAGAGGAAAGAUCUGAUGAUGAUUCCGAACUGAGCGCUGAGUCAGACGACGACGAGGAGGAGGAGGAAGUGAAUGAGACCGCGAUAGUGGCAGACAAGGAGGAGGAAAAGUCGGGGGAGAUGAAAGAGGAGGACGGAGUAAAAGAAGGUCACAAAAUGACAGGUGAGAGGGAAGAAGAGGAGAUGAAAGAGGAGGACGAAGUGAAAGAGGACGAUAAAGUGGAUGGGACCGCGGAAUUGGCAGCUGGGGAGGAAGAAGAGGAGGCUGAGGGAGUAGACGAGACUGCAGGGGUGGUGGAGGAGAAGCAGGAGAAGGGGACGGUGGGCAUGGGUGUGUCUAAGAAGCAGAAGAAGAAGAAGAGCCAGUGGGGAGCGACAGAUGAGAAUGCUGAUGGUGAAUCGACUGCAGUAGUCGCCUUAGAGGCUAUCCCGCAACACCCCAGAUGA